AUGAUUUGCCGCGGGCCUUGCUGGCGCGGGGGAGUGGGGGUCUUGGCCGCGCUGGUGGUGACCUUCUCGCAGCCCUUGCUGGUGGCUGCGGACCGGCUGGCGGCGCAUUACCUGCUGCCGUACCUGUCGGACUCCCCCCCCAGCAGUCAAGUGACGGUGGAGUUCUGCAACCUUUUUCGGAUUGUUGAGAAGCCGUACUACGUCAUCUUUGCCUCUUGCUGGGUUUGCGCACUGAUGCAGCAGCUCAUCGAUACCUCCCGGUACUACGAGGAGCGGCAUGAGGAGCUCAGCAAAACGCAAAAGUGCUACGUGGGAGUUCAGUUGUUCACGCUGGUGCUCGAAACCUUUGCCAUUCUGUGCAAGAUUGACUGGCUGGCCGGUGAGAGCCUCUGGCACAUGUACAACUUGUACGUCUAUGUGUUUGUGCACUCCUCUGUCUUCGUGCGCUCCAUCAUGAUGUCCAUGAUCAUUUGGGACUGGCUGCUGGCCCGGCUGCUGGGCCGCCCCAUCUUCGGCGCGGACUACGACGGCCAGGGCUGGCGCGACUGGCACCGAGCCGUGCUGCUGGUGGUGAUCAUGCAGUUCGGAUCCUCCAUGUUUGUCAUGAUGGUUGUGACGUUGACGCACGCCAUCCCAGCACUGAUCAUUUACUAUCCGGUAUUUCUGCUGGCAGCCGCCUUCAUCAUCAAGUUUCGCUCCUGGCUGGAGCUGCUGGGCCUUGACCCAGACGGCCGCGCCGGGCGCGGCUUGGUGAUGGCCAGCAACUCCUUCGUCGCUGUGGUGUCCAUUCAGACAAUGAUCGCGUCCAUCAUCCGAGUUUACUUUGGAUCUGCUUGGAAACAUGGCUACCUGACUCCCUUGUUCUGCUGGAACGGGUGCCUGGGCGCCUGCAAGGGCCGCUGGGACCUGGGCCUGGCCCUGCUGCGAGCUGCGCGGAGAACGGCGCAGCGGCCGGACGAGUUCAGCUACGGGAGCCUGGCGGGGCGCUGGAGCACCACCCUCGCGGGUCUGGCGGAGGCGAAGGGCGUGGUGCGCUUCAAGGAGGCCGCGGAGCGGCAAUUUUCCAUGAACAUCUUCCGGGCGCAGGGCCGCUGGAGGGAGGUGCUGCUGGCCGCGUGGUCAUGCACGCUGGAUGGGAACCUUGCGCUGAGCGUUUGCGAGAAGGCCUCGCGGUGGGAAGAGGGCGUCGGCUUGCUGGAACGGAUGUCAGGGGAGCAGAUCCGAAGGGAUGUCAUCAGCUUCAACACCGUGAUUGCAGCGACGCACAGUGCAGAUUGGCUGCUUUCAGCUCGCUCCCUCGAGCGGCUGCAGGAGUCCGAGCUGCGGCCCGACGCCAUCACCUGCAGCACCUGCAUCAGCUGCGCCGUCAAGCAGCAGAGGUGGACCCGCGCCCUUCACCUCGCGACACUCGGCGGCCGGGUUCCGACGCCGGCGGCGUUCGCGCCCUGGCGCUGGGCGUGCCGCCUGCUGCGGGGAGACGCCAACCCCGCAGUGGCCGCCGGGCUGGCGGUGGCGGCCAGCCGCGCCCAGCAGUGGCAGCAGGCCCUGCGGCUGGCGGAGGUGCCGAGGGAGGACGAGGUGCUGGGCAACGCCCUGGUGGAGGCUUGGGCCAUGGGCCGGCUGUGGCAAAAGCUGACUACGACCUAUGGCUUCAACAAUGCCAUCAGCAUGUCUGAGUGGAUGUCAGGUCUGCAGCUCUACGCAUCGAUGCCCUGGCGCCGCGUGGCCCGGGACGCCGUGAGCCACGGCGCCGCCCUGGCCGCGGCCGCGGCGGCCGGCGGGCGGCGCUGGCGCGGCGCGCUGCGCCUCUGGCCGCGGAGGGCGCAGAGCGCCAGCGUGGCGAUGGCCGCGGCCAAGGCGGCCGGGCGGUGGGAGAUGGCCUGGCUCUUGCACAGCGGCAUGGCCUCCAGAGGCGCCAGUCCCGACUGGCGCACCCACACUGUGGCGGUUGAGAAGACCAAGUGGCGACACUCGGUGCAGAUCCUGGCCGUGGAUUCUUUGACCCUGGCAGCACUGCUGGGUGCUCAGGAAUGGCACCGCGGGUUGCAACUGCUCUUCCUGGCCCGGCCGCUGCGGGUGGCUUUGGACGAGGGCUGCUACAACGCCUGCAGUGGGCUGGGCUGGGCGCGGGCGCUAGGCCUCUCAGACGCGAUGCGGCUCCAAAGUCUUGAACCCAGCGCUGUGAGCCUUGCUGCGUCGUGCCCGGGCGCGGGGUCGCCGGACUUGCUGGCCCGGCUGGCGGCCGUGGCAUCUGCACGCCUGGCGGCAAGCGCUGGCGGCCGCGGGAAAAGGCGAGCGCCAAAGCCAGGGGGGCUGCAGACGUGGCACGCAGACCUGGAGUUGUGCUAA